AUGCUCAUAUUAAGGUUUCAAUACGUAGAUCAAUCUAUAAAAGCAACAGAAUCCAACGGAGCAAAAAGUCAGUCAACAUUUGACAAUGCGAUAAUUGGUCAACCAUCCAUUUCGUGUCAACGUGACCGAAUUGUGAUCGAAGUGAUCACAGAACGGCUAUUCACUGGAAAAGUGUUCGUCAAAGGAGACUACGCGAAUCCGCAAUGCACAAAAACCUUUCGGAAUGGAGUAGUGACCAGUGACAAGCCUCUCGAGGAACCAUUUCUUGGAACGGUCAAAAAGUCGAGAGAGCCGUAUGUGGAGGAUCAAAGGUCAACUACGAAAACUCUUUCUGAUGGAAGAGAGCCGAUUUUUGAAUUAGAUUCGACCACUGAGCCGAGGAAAACAUUCGAAACUCAUGAAAAUGAGCUUCCUCCGAAUAUAGCGGCAGCAUUCCUGUUGCCUCGACGGAACCUGACGGCGGAAUCUUUAAAAUCUGAUUCAGAUGAGGGAGAAUGGCAAGGAAUAGGAGGAGUUUCGACGGGCGGAAACGCAGUUUUUGGAGGAACUCGUGGAGAAGAGUUGAGAGUUUUCGGAAAAGGAGGAGGUUCUUCUGCAACACCAAGGGGACGACCAGCAACAACUGCAUCACCCUUAGCAUCCUCAAACUGCCCACCUCCAACAACAUGUGCGCCUUGUGUUUGUGAAGAAAGACGAACUCGUCGAGCUACAAAUUCAAUCCGUUUGGAAGUUCCUCUCAAUUCCUGUAAUACAAAACGUGACAGGAAGUUAAAUCCUCCAUCUGUGGUCGUAUCCUUGAUUGCUGUCGUUUCGUUCCAUGACAGUUUUAUCACAAAGUUGGACAAAGCGUAUCAUAUCCAAUGCGCUUAUGCCGAAGCUGAGAAGACAGUCAGUACGGAUUUGGACGUCAACAUGAACGAUGAACACGAAAUCAACGGAACCAUGGAACCCCCAUCAUGUGAUUAUCUAAUCUCUGAUAGCAAUGGUAACUCUGUUCAAAAUAGUCUCGUCGGAGAACUUGUUCGACAUCAAUGGACAUGUAAAGGAGGAAUGGCUAGUAAAUUGAAAAUGCUCAUCCAUCAAUGUUUUGUGAAAGAUGGAGCAGGACAACAGUUCGAAGUGAUUGAUGAACAUGGAUGUACUCUCGAUCGGCUGAUGCUUCAGACGCCAACCUAUUCAGCAGACGGGAUGACUGCCCAAGUGGAUGCCUACAUCUUCAAGUUCCCUGAUAGAUCAACGGUUGAUUUUAGAUGCACUAUAACUUUUUGUUCGGUGGAUGAUGCGGAGUGUCUUGAAAUGACGCCACCAAAAUGCAAUCUAAGCAACAAUUCGCUUCGAAGAAAGAGAUCUACGAAGGGAUUGUCAUCCAUGUCACUUCACGCCAACAGUCUUACUGUAUUUGAUAUAGAUUCUUCAAAAUCGGAUAACAGUCAACUGCUUCAUUCCUCUUCCUUCCUUCGAAGCUCACUGAAGGAUUACGAACAAACUUUCUGCGUUUCUGUAGCUAGUUUUGGAAUUUUGAUAUCUGCCUCAACAUUCUUCGCAACUAUUUCUAUUGCUGUCAUUGUCAGCUACUUCGUUCUUCGUUUUAAUCAUAAGUUACUAAUUGUCAAUUAA